UCCUCGCCUCCUGGGGAUAAGCGGAACCGGGACCCCGACCUUGCUCGAGUUUGGACGACGCCGAAAAUCUGGGCCCAGAAACCGAUGGCUGCGACUUAUAAGAAGGAGGAUCAUUUGCCAGGGAACGAGCACUCCUAUUCCAAACCUCGGGGUGAACAGUUAUACACCGAAGAUUUGCCGGUCCAGAAAUGCAGAAGAUUUUCUUCGCCGUUUUGGCAACGCUGGCAUCAGCGCAAGCCGGUAUUCUACGUGACGAUCAGCCAGCACCAAGAAACUACCUAGAACCAGAAAUGCGGCAACCAAGCAGCGUCUACCUGCCACCGAUGGUAGACGAGAUGCAGGACGAAUCCAUGGGCGAAGACCAAGAAAUGACGAACUACUCAGCAAUGGAACCGAAAAACGUCUACCUGCCUGCGCCGGAACGCCGGUAUCUUCCGGUAUCCAAUUCAGCACAGACAUCCGGUGAUUCGUGGGCUCCGGACACCUCGAGGGCUUCCUUGAAAUGGGGAGAAAACUCGUAUUCCAUCAGUCCGUCAGCUGCAAUGUGGGACUCUAAUCAAUACGGCAGUCAAUCAUCCGGCCAGCUGAACCUCCACGGCUAUCAAGAAGGCUACGAAACUACGGAACCGGCAAAGUACCAGUUCGAGUACGCGGUUAAGGACGACGAGUCCGGCAACGACUAUCAGCAGAAGGAGGGACGGGAUGGCGAACUGACCUGGGGAGUCUACUCUGUCCUCCUGCCGGAUGGACGGAAACAGAUCGUCGAGUACGAAGCCGACCAGCACGGCUUCAAGCCAAGGAUCAGCUACGAGGAGACCAGGCAACGAUCUCCCCAAGGUCCCUACUGAUUUUCACAUGUCCGAACCCUGUCUAUGUAUAACUCAAGCUGAAUAAAUAAUAUACGUGUAUAUUUUUUUCUUACACA